CGCUUGCAAUUUACAGCGCUGACUUCACAGUUCAAUUACAUUAAGUAAUCCACUUACGUAACGUAAACCUAGAAUAUGUUCCUCAAGUUAUUCAUUCUCGCCAUCGCCGUUCUGCACGUGCACGCCUUGGUCGAGCUUCAUGAUCCACAUGAAGAACAUGGCCCCGUCGCUUAUGAGUUCCACUAUGCUGUGCACGAUCCACACACUGGUGAUAUUAAAUCGCAGAAGGAGUCACGCAAGGACGAUCAUGUAGAAGGCGUUUACGAACUGAUCGAUUCUGAUGGCCAUCAUCGUGUCGUACACUACAAAGCCGACGAUCAUAGCGGCUUCGAAGCUGUUGUUUCACGUGAACCGACCAAUAUUAAAAUUCCAGUUCCCGAAGUGCAUCACAAGUUAGUUGCAACCAAAAUUUUGGCACCAGCUUUGCUGCAUCAUUAGAACGACGAAAAACCCGCAUUGAAACCACCAUAUAAUAAAUAUUCUAGAAAUACUCGAUACGACGGUCUUGUGUGAAAGUCGAAGCUUCGUGGCGUCAAGCAUGGUUAUUUGUGGAAUUCGUUGCAUUUACUCAUAUUUACACUUGCAUUUUUGUGUGUUUAGCCAUAAAUCCUAUAAUUAGCUAAGUUUUAACAAUGUUUUUUAAGUCAAAUUGUGAAAGCAUCCCUUAUGUGCCAUUUUAUUAUAAUGAUAUUUGUAAAUAUUUCUGCAAUCUCCCGUUAAAUAUGCCAUGCAAAUGUACAUACUAUACAUACAUACACAUAUUGA